GAUAUUUGACGAUGAGAGAAAUCCUAGUUUUUAUGCUAACCUUAUUGGCUGUUCACGCCUUGACUGAAAAAGAACAAUGGGAUAGUUUUAAAUCGGUGCAUAACAAAGUUUACCAAAAUGUAAAGGAAGAUGCACUUCGAUUUGAAGUAUUCCAAAAAUAUUUGCGUAAAAUUGAAGAACACAAUGCCCGAUAUGAAAAAGGUGAGGUAACUUGGUUCAAGAAAGUAGACCGUUUCUCAGAUUGGACCGAAGAUGAAAUUCGCCAUUUUUUCAACAAUCAAAAAACACGCAAGCCAAAGUUGACCAACGUAACCUACGCUACCUUUCCAAAAAAUCUUAAGGUUCCAGAUUCGAUGGAUUGGAGACAACACAAUGCUGUUCGCGAAGUGAAGGACCAAGGUAAUUGUGGAUCCUGUUGGUCAUUCAGUACUACGGGAUCUGUAGAAGGACAAAUUGCUCUUAAGAAAAACAUGCAAAUCUCUUUAAGUGAACAGCAACUACUGGACUGUUCUGUAUCUGACAACGGUUGCAAUGGAGGUUGGGUCAACAAUGCGUUAAAUUACAUUCGUGAUAACGGUAUUAUGUCAGAGGGUGAUUAUUCUUAUAAAGCAACACAAGGAAAUUGCAGAUAUGACGCAAAUAGAGUUAUUACAAGAAUCAACGGUCAAAUUCAUGUCCAAAGAAUGAAUGAAUGGGAUAUGCUACAAGCUUCAGGAACUGUGGGUCCCCUUAGUGUAGGAAUUAAUGCACCACCUAUUGUUGGUUAUGGAGGUGGAAUUUUUGAUAUCGAUGGUUGUCCAAAUGGUGAUGGUGAUUUAAAUCAUGCAGUGUUGGCUGUUGGUUAUGGUAGCGAAAAUGGACUUGAUUACUGGAUUGUCAAAAAUUCUUGGGGUGUGGGCUUUGGCGAACAAGGUUAUAUCAGAAUGAGAAGAGGAAAGAAUCUUUGUGGCAUCGCCGUUGAUCCUUGCUACCCAGAAGUUUGAAACUGUUACUUAAAAAAAUGUAAUUUAUAUUUGCAAUAAUAUUUUUUAGUAUCUCAAUAUAACGUUUUGUAAAUAUGAUUUGAUUUUUUUACCAAAAAUAAUGUUAAUAUUUGAAAUAUGAAGAUAUAAAUAUAAUACAUGCAAAUAAAAAUAAAAAAAUUUAAUAGAAUAUAUAUUUUAGAACAAAUAAACGCCACAUAAUUCUUAAUUGUGUAAUAUGGAAAAUAGUUAGUAUGGUUAGGAUGUGACGAAGUGUGCCUAAUGAAAUAUGGAA